GGGGGCGGAUUCGAAAAUAGGAGCGAGGGCGGGGGAGAAGAAGAAGAAGAAGAAGAAGGUGGAACAUCGACGAGCGCGGAGGAAUCUUCGGGGCCCGCUGCGGUCUCGCGACUGACAGGACUCGACAGGCCGAGCGCGGAAUGGGACGGGAACCUCGUGGUUUUGACAGAGGCUGAGGAGCGCGCGAGGGCAGGGCAUGAGUGUGAAGGUUUUGACCGAGCCUAGCUUGCAAUCGCGCCGAGGAGGUGCACGACAGGCACGCAGGGCAGGGCGGGGCGGGGCAGGUGGUGCUUGGAGUCGCGCGGCGAGGUCGCAGUCCGGGAGCGCGGAACUGUUUGAAUGGCCGGAGCUCCUGUGGGUCACUUGGGGAGGCUUCAGUCUUGGGGCAGCGAUGGCCUGGACGGCACGAGAUUGCGCGGUCGAAGCGAAUAGUGGGUCGAAUGCUCAAAGUGGAAUGCUCGGAACGCUUCUGUAGGACGCGAAGGUAGAGUAUUUUCUAGUCAAAAUGGUCGAUGCGGGAAUUAUUGUGCCUUAUCAAGGCAAUUGCAAUGGCACUGGCAGUGGUGCUGGCGCUGGCGCGAGGCAUGAGAACCACGCGAAUGGACACACCUCUGAGUACACUGUGAGACACGGUCUCCCUGGAACUCCACGCAUCCAAAUCUCAUGGGGCACCGGGAAUCUCCUUCGACUGUCUUUCCUGCCCAGCACGGAAGAGAGGCAGGAAAUAGGAAAAGUCGUGCAGGUGCAGCUCGGGCAAGGUGCGGGGGACGGGCAGGCUGGGGCGGAAAGUAGGAGAAUUGCCACGGAUUCUUUUCCUUUUUUUGUGGAGUUGCAGUCCCAGAGGCGUCAACAAAACAAUGAAACUCUUCAAGGAGGAAGCCCCAACAAUUGGUGGGAGUAUGUAUUGGAGUACAGCCGAAACAUAAGUGACAUGCUAGGAUCUUCGGAAAGACCUCCGUCGAGCGACCUCUAUGAUACAACUAAGGAAAACAAGACAACAGCCGCCAUGAGAGCAAUUUGGGACAUGCUUGAAAUAUUCUAUGUCGACAAAAGCGCCGAGUCUUGGUUCCCUGAACGAUUGGUGGACUGGCUCGUAGCUCAUGGCCCGAUCCUUUCCAAAACGGAAGCAUCACUGAGUCGUAGGCUGAUUGAGAUCAAGCGGAGGCUGUCUAUUAGGCAGUUUCCAGAAGAGGAAUCAGACUACUGGGAGGGAAUUGCAUCGGCUCUAGCUGUUGGCUGGUUCGAUUUUGUGGUAACUUUUUUGCGAAUGCAUGGUUCUUAUAGGCAUGAUCAGAUUGACAAGCGCCAGACAGAGAAUGGACUAGUUGAAGCCGUAGCUGUGCUCGUUUCCAUGAUGCCUCGGCUACGCCCUAGUUUACCUCCUGGGUCACCUGGAGUAGCUUACAGCUUCAAGCCAGAGUUUGCCAAGGAGUGGGAGCGCUGGAGAAUUCAAGUAACCAAGCUGGACCGUAGUGCAUUCUGGAAUGAAUGCCAUAAUCAGAAGACACUACAAGGCUUGAAAAAGCUUCUGGCCAUUUUGCAAGGCAAUGUGGAGGUUCUUGUGAAGAGCACGUAUCACUGGAUGGAGCUCCUUACAGCCCACUAUCUUCAUGUCAGACCAUUUGCGAUUGCUACCGAAGGACUUGUCGCCUUGGCCAACACUUGUAAAGAGUACAAAGGAACGCACAAGUCCGAUGAGCUUCAAGAGCUCAUACUUGCAGUAUUGGGUGAUAACACAGAGGUGGUCAUUGCCGAGUGCGUGAGACUGUUUGAGCCGUGGAUGAUGGCACACAUGGUUGAACUCUUAACAGCCAAGGAUUCAUACGUCCAAAACCUGCUCCGAAAAGAAAGAGAUGUACAAGGUGGAAUCAGUUUGGAAGAACUGUAUCGGCUUUCUUAUGCUCAAUCUCUAGCCUCUGACCCACUCACGUGGCAGGUAGCUCCGGUGUAUUUGGCAUCUUGUCCUGGACAAGGUUUAGGAAUGUUGGAGACUUUACUUCUAAGACUACCCGUGUCUGAUGACAGUCGUCUUGCACAAAAGGCCUUAGAUGUCUGUCGGCUUUAUGAUCUUCAAGCUGUGGGAACAACCAUAUGCAGGAAAGUAGGAGUUCAUAGCUGGAAGCAUGGCCGCAUAGGUGCCGGAAUUGUGUGGCUUCAGCGGGCUCGUGACAAGCGACUACUUUCUGCCCUUUCUGAUCAGCUUCUUGCAUCCGUUUCAACCGGAAGUACCUGGGGACAUGUCCAAGAUUUUGAGCAGAUCCAGGGUUUGGUGGAUCUUCUGGGUACAGAUUUCCAAGCUACAGGAGGUCUUUCCAUCUUACACAGAUAUAGAAAUUUCAAAUCCGCAAUGCAAAACGUAUGGGACCUGAGAUCCAAAGAGACUGACAAACAAAAACUUAGUGCUGCUGGGAGACAAGCCGUUGAUUGUUUGUUGGAGCUUUUCAAAGUUGGGAUUACGCCGAAACGAUUUUGGAUGUCCAUCCUUCAGGACUCGGUGGAGUUGCUGGAAUGGCCAGAGCAGGUGCUCCUGAAUGCCCAGGAAACGAACACUUUGCUGAAUUGCGUUCAAGAAUUGAAACUUGCCAAGUUAUGGGGAGAUGUGGACAGUGUGGAUGAGCCAGGCUCUAACGUUGAUAGAGUUAGACUAGCUUUGGCAACAAACCUUGGCCGGUCAUUUCUCCAGGUAUAGAACCUGUGAACUGUGUACGGCAGAGGUAGAUAUCUCUCUACGUUCAUCAAUUUUUUUGUCCUUUAGCUGCUCUCUUGAUAGAGUGUAGUAGGGCCUACAGAAGUAAAUUUACUUGUGCUUCACGAUAUUUGGAAGCCCCAUCGUCCCCGCAUGCUGGAAUACCGUACUUAGGAUCAGUAGUCGCAUUGUAACACACAGUAUAGAGAAAGUUUUGUCCUACUGAUUCUGACAGGAUUUCACUACUCAGAUGCAACUACCACUGUAAGAGACAACGUGUUUCAGCUCAACUUGUACGAGUGAUCUUCACUUGUGCUUCUG